CAUGAAAAUGGUACUGUGCGAGUCUGGUCUGCAGGUCAUGCUGUUAUGAGUUUACUGUUUGUUAUCGACACCCGAAAUGAAUUUGCCGGCUUCUUGGACGAGACAGACCACAAAUCUUUUGACAUCGUGUUUUCACUAUCCUUAUUUCACAACAGUGUGUACCAUGAUUACUCUCAAGGUGAGGACACCAGUGGCUUCCAUGAGAGGAACACACCCGAAGAAGAACAAGCAUGUGACACAGAUACAUCCGAUGAUGAGUUCCAGAUCACUGGUGACUGGCCUCCGUUCAAAAAGGUCGGUGAUUACGAUCCUUUUUGCGACGACGCCGGAUUGUCCAUACAGAGGCUGGCAUUUGAUGAGAAAUCUGGUCACAUUGUUGUUGGAGGUCGUGCUGGGCAUGUGCUACUUUAUACUUUAGAAGAAACUACACGAGAAAUGACGCCGCAAGUAUUGAAAAUUGAAUUGUGUGAGGCAUCGAAAUUGUCCGUACCUGCAAGAAAUAGUAAACCGUUGCCGGUUCGUACGAAACCUCUCAAAUAUGCUGCGGGAUAUCAACCUUGCCCGUUAUCGGUUCAGAAUAAUAUGCUUGUACAACUUCAACCUCCUCAGCCGGUAUCUGCUGUCGCCGUUCUUUCCGCUCGCAACUUGGUAGCUGCAUCGAACGAAUAUGGAUUUGCUAUGAUUGACAUACAGAGACAGUCGGUACUCCUUCAAAACACUUUAGUCAAUCAGGCAGAUAUGCAACAUGUUGGAGCAUUCGAUGAUGCAUUGUCGCGCUUCAAAAGCAUGAAAAAGUCGAUUCGACAGACUUUUAGAAGGAAGAAGAAAACGCCUGUGACAUCGUUGGAUAACACCUUGGCAACGCACAGUGAUUCUCCGAGCAAGGACAACAGUAAAUUCAAUGUGUCCAGAGUUUUCAGUGAUAAUGAGGAUGAUGAGGUUGAAGUGACAAAACCGGUUGAACGUCUGAUUGAAGAACGCGGCAUGUCUCCUUUGGAGUCUCCGACAUGGUUCAUCCGCUGCCUGAGGUUUCUGAGUGUGCCAGUGAUGGGAAUAGCUGGGGUAAGUAGGAUUCAGUGUACAUCGCCAUGUGAAGUAAUCUUUUCUAAUCGUGAUCCUGCAAGAUCAUAG